AUGAGUGCGGCACAAAAAAUCGCUGAAAUCGAAGCCGAAAUCGCUCGAACACAAAAAAACAAAGCCACAGAAAACCAUUUAGGCUUACUGAAAGCCAAGCUCGCCAGAUUUCGCCGCGAACUCUUAGAAUCCGCCACAAAAGGUAGCAAAGGCGCUGGUGAAGGCUUCGAUGUCAGCAAAUCAGGAGAUGCACGUGUGGGGCUGGUUGGAUUCCCAUCAGUUGGGAAAUCAACCCUUCUUAACAAACUUACAGAGACAUAUUCAGAAGUGGCAGCUUAUGAAUUUACUACCUUGACCUGUAUCCCUGGUGUUAUCCAACACUUAGGAGCCAGAAUCCAAUUAUUAGAUCUUCCUGGAAUUAUCGAAGGCGCCAAAGAUGGCAAAGGAAGAGGUAAGCAAGUCAUUGCUGUGGCCAAAACUUGUAACUUGAUUUGCAUAGUCCUAGAUGGGACAAGGCCUCUUACAGAUAAGCUGAUUAUUGAAAGGGAAUUAGAGGGGUUCGGAAUCAGGCUAAACAAGACUCCUCCAGAUAUCAUUGUUAGGAAAAAAGACAAAGGAGGCAUUUUUAUCACAAGAACUGUGCCAACACCUAGAUUGUCAGAUGAGACAGUGAAUUUGAUAUGUAAAGAAUAUAGGAUGAACAGUGCUGAUAUCACUCUAAGGGCUCCAUGCACUGCUGAUGAGCUUAUUGAUGUUUUGGAAGGAAAUAGAGCUUAUAUUCCUUGCCUAUAUGUCAUUAAUAAAUGCGAUGAACUUAGCUUGGAAGACUUAAAUAUUAUGAAUAGGCUUCCAAAUUGUGCUUAUGUGUCAGCUGAUAAAGAGUGGAAUUUAUCAGGGAUGAUCGAAAGAAUAUGGGAUAUGCUGGACUUGCUUAGAAUAUAUACAAAACCUAACUCCCCACAUCUUUGAUCGAAUGACCCCCCGUCGUUCGAUCAACGAUGGGGGCUUAAAAAUUUUUAGUAUAUAAAAUAAUAUGUAUUAUUUUAAUUGUUUUGUAUAUUUUUAAACGAGAGGGUUAGGAUACUUUUAAAUAAAAAAUUUGUGCUAAAUUAAAAAUCUUAUUUCCCCCUUUUCCGCUCUAUAAGGUAUUUCUCUCCCUUAUUAAUUAUUUUUUAAUAUAUAUUAUUCUAAACAUUUUAGGCAAGGUUGAUGACUAAAGCACUUCGGAUGAUUAGUUCCGUCAGACUAUUAAGAAAGCACGUAAAUUUAUCAAUAAAAAAACUAUUAAUUUUCAUAAUUAUAGAAAAUAUUAACUAAUCUAUUGAUUUAUUGUUUAUAAAAAAAUUUGCAGUAUAUGAAAAUCGUUCGAUAAAGGAUGGGGGAGUAAAGGAAUUGCGCCAGAUUAUGAUGCACCAGUAGUGCUGCCGAGAAGAAAAUGUACAGUUGAAGAUUUUUGCAAUAGGAUUCAUAGGGGUAUUAUGAGCGAAUUUAAGUACGCACUUGUAUGGGGGAUGUCUGCGAAGCAUUAUGCGCAGAAAGUUGGAAGAGAGCAUGUGCUGAUGGAUGAAGAUAUCGUGCAGAUUAUUAAAAAGCUUUAA